AUGAAUGUUGUCGUCGGCGCUUUCAUCAUCUCAGUUGAAGUGGCAUUACCAUUCCUUGAUUCGUAUUCGACUGUAAUUUAUGCAUGCUUGCAGAGAUUCUCGGAAAAUCAUUUCGUAUUUGUUCCAACAAAGGAUGUUGAUGUGAAUAGCAACGCGAUGGAAAUAUUGAACCAUACAUCGAUUUUCGACGUUCCGAAUAUUUUAAUAAUAAUGCCGAACAUUGAUGAGAAUUCAUUUGAUUUGAUAACAUCUCAAUUUGUUGGUCGAUUUAACAACACUUCACCGAUGCUGUUGGAUACAUUUUACGGUCGAAAUACCACAUUCAAGCAGAAUGCUAAUUUAUUUCCAGAUAAAUUGAGUAAUUUACAGCAACGUGUAGUCCGACUUGCUUUAUUCAAUUAUAAACCAUAUUCGGUAUGGGAGGAAGUUCCAUCUGGCCUCGGAAACGCUAAUGCACAGAACACCAAUGAAGAGAAAACUUUAUUGAUAGAUGGGACGGAAAGUAUUUUGAUGCUGGAGUUUUGCACUAAGCAUAAUUGCACUUUGGAAAUUUCAAGAGAUGAAGCAGGUGAAUGGGGUGAAAUUUGGGACAACCGAAGUGGAAUCGGUGUGUUGGGAGCAGUGUCUGAACGACGAGCAGAUGUCGGAAUAUCAGCACUGUAUGAAUGGCACCACGAGUACCAGUUUUUGGACUUUACCGCCCCAAUCUCUAGGACGGGCAUUACAUGCAUUGUUCCAAGACCAAAACGACUAGCUGGGUGGCUUCUACCGGUAUGGCCGUUUUCGUGGAAAUUGUGGGUUGCAGUGUUUUUAGCUUUUACAGUCGGUAUAAUGAGCUUACUACUGGCAAGGCGAUUAUACAUUACACCUAAACCUUCCCGGAAAAGAGCAUUUCAGCCAAAGCGCGAUCCAGCAUUUAAUAACGUUGCACUUAUAGUUGGUCGAAUGUUCCUGUCACAGUCGGUCAAUAUAGUAGUGAAACGAGUGCCAGAAAUGGUAAUUCUUGGAUGUAUUUUACUAAUUGGCUUGAUGAUUGGAAACACUUACAGCGGUGGUCUAGCCGCAUUGAUGACAGUACCGCAAUACGAGGCGCCAAUUGAUACUCCUCAUCAAUUAGCCGCAAAAAAUCUGGAAUGGGGAGCGACACAUGAUGCAUGGAUUUUUUCAAUUUUGCUCGCAACACAGCCUGAUAUUGUUAAAUUGCUCAGCCUGUUCAAAAAAUCGAAUUUCGAAAAGCUUCGAAGUAGAGCGAAAACCGGGGAUUUUGCGUUCAGCAUCGAACGUUUACCAUAUGGUUCAUAUGCAAUUGGAGAAUACAUUACCGAAGAUAAUGUUGAAUAUUUACAAUUAAUGCCCAACGACAUUUAUUACGAGUAUGCAUUAGCAAUGACAACGAAAACAUGGGCGCUAAAGCCAGAUUUGGAUACAAUGAUUUUAGAUAUCGCACAAAGCGGAAUGCAAAAGUACUGGGAAAAUCAGGUGGUAAUGCGAUAUUCUGAUACAAAAGUGCAGUUAGUUGUUAGCGUUUCGCAUACAAAUUUACGCGCAAAGCCGGAUCCGACGAGCUUAUCGGCGUCGCAAUUGGUCGGUGUAUUUAUCAUCUGGUUGAUUGGAAUCGUAAUUUCGUCAUUUGUCUUCGUUUGGGAACGACUUUUCACUACUAGGACAACGUUCAAAUUUCUUUGAACUGGCUAAGAAGAUUCUUUUUGCCAAUUCCAAAGGAAUCAUGGAACCAUAUAAUCAACUUCUCUCUGUCUUUAUGUAUAGAUCACUUCGUACGAAUUCAUUUGUACAAUUAAACGUUUAGCUGAAGUCGAAUUCCAUGGGAUGUAAUAAGUUGGUGUGGCAGGAGCAUCAUAUUUUACCGAAGCAGAUCCAGGGUGUCUAUAGAUUUGGAGUCGAAUGGUAUCAGUGAAUUAUCUUGGAUGAGACUACCUUCCAUAUAUUGUUCAUAUAACCUUGGAUAGAACAGUCCUAACUUCGAAAAUUGGUUCAUAAAUGUUCAUCAAAAGUAAACACCUAGAUUGCAAUUAAAUGUGCAUAGUUGUUUAGCAUAUACUACUAAAUAAAUGCAAAAUAACAUAUUGUCUUCAACAGACCAUUUUUUUAGUUAUUGAAAACUGUAACUUCCAUUCAGAAAUAUAAUAAAUCAUUA